AUUUCCUGUAAAAGUAGACAGGUCUGUGCAUGAUAAUGUGCCUUCUGUUCCUGCAAUAUUUGGAAUGUUGUAUGUUGAGAGCUAGCAAUUGGUCCUUUUUAGUGAGUACAGUAACAUAUUUCCUGCUUCUACAACUGCUAAAACUAAAUCCCAAGUUCAGGCAUGAAAAGCUAAACUUUGUAUUAUGGCAUUCUUUCUCAUGGCUCGUUAUUUGAACAUGUGGGAGUUUUGGUUUCUGCUCUUGGCUGGUAAUUUCAUAACUGAGUCCUGGACCCUUAAUUUCAAUCAUCUAGAGCUGACAUUUGGCCAGCAGCUAAGUAUCAAGUUGAUGACUGUGACUGACAAAUUAGAAUUUACACCUGUGAAUAAACUGCAGCCAUAUGUUAUCUGGUCCAGAGGUACCCAGUCAAAAAAGGGACAAGUAAUACCAUCAGGGGAAGAAAGAUUCUUUAUAAUUAAUUCUGUCACAUUUGAAGAUCAGGGAAACUUCACAGAGUGGAACUUCUGGGAGAAAGUUCAUUCAGUCCAUUCACUGAAGGUUCUCGGUAAAAGGCGUGUCCUGGGUUGUAUGCCUGGUAAAAACCUCAGCAUUUCCCUGGAUGGCCUUUCAAAGAAUGACUCUAAACUUCAAUACUCUAGCAACAAUUUUACCCUCACUCUUGUGGAGCAUGGCUUGCCUGUGGGCAACAAACAUCCUGGUUAUUGGGGACGGAUUCAUGUAACUACAAAAACUAUCCAAGUUCUUAUUAUUGACGGUUCAGAUGUGGGAAAGUACACACUCAUUGAUCGCAAAAAUAAUACAGUGACAGUCAUCACUUUGAAUAUGCUUGGCUGUGAACCUAAGACCACUCAGGUGAAACUAAUGCAUGGUGAGGUUUUUAGCAUCGAGAUGCCAAUUUGGUUCAAUAAGCUGGAGUUUCGUUCAGUGAAUGGUGUGCAUUCUGUUAUCUGGCCAAGUUGUGCCCAGCACACAAGGAGAGAUGUUAAAGGAUCAGGUUAUCAAAGGCAAUUUAUAAUUAGUCCUGUCACAUUUAACGAUCAAGGAACAUACAUGCGGUGGAACUACAGGAACCAAGUUUACGCUGUUUAUAAACUGGAGGUUGAAUAUGCAAGCCAUAUUCAGAAGUGUGUAGUCGGUAAGACACUCAGCAUUUCACUGGAUGGCCUUGCAAAAGACAAUGUCACGCUACGUUUCACCAACCAAGAUUUAAACAUCACUCUAGUGGAGCACGGUAUUCCUGUGGGCAACUCACAUCAACACUUCUCAGAACGGAUUCAGGUGACCAACAGCGACAUCCAGGUGCUCAAGAUUGAUGGAUCUGAUAUGGGCACCUACACACUCACUGAUCAUGAAGAUCGCAAGGUCAAGGUCAUUACGCCGAACUUUGUCUAUCAACCAAACCCUCUACUAGCUCUGCUGCUGUUGCUUUUUAUACCACCCUGUGUUUGCUGCUGUUGUGGGGAUAGGAUUUAUAAACAAUGCAUUCAAAAGUCCACCGCCACUACCACCAGCACAGCCACCAGCACAGCCACCAGCACUGCCACCUUGAUUGUCACCACUACUACCACCACUGCCCCCAAAACCACCAACACUGCCCCCAAAACCACCACCAUUGCCCCCAAAACCACCACCACUGCCCCCAAAACCACCACCACUGCCCCCAAAACCACCACUGCCUCCAAAACCACCACUGCCUCCAAAAACAACACUGCCCCCAAAACCACCACUGCCUCCAAAACCACCACUGCCCCUAAAACCACCACCAUUACCAAAACCACCCCUACCACUAAAACCACCACUGCCACCAAAACCACUGGGAAAACAGUGAAGCCUGAAAAUCAAAUUCCACUUCUUGCAUCGCCAACAGGCAACAAGAAACCUGCAACUCCUGCAGGCAGCAAAAGUGGUAGAGCAGUCUCCAGCCCCAAAAGCUGACCGAAGUCCUUAACUCUAUGAAAUUUGCUGAACAGUUCAGCAUUAACAUUGGUUAGGAGCUGACCUCUUCUUUCUUGCUUGCUUUUUUUUCUGUCUUCAUCCAUUAGUUCUAUUUUACUUCACCUUCAGGUGAAGAACAGGGAUAGUUUGACACAGUCACUCUGCAGUGAUGAUCUAAAGGGUAGUUUAAUUUGUGUGUGUUUAGUCAACAAGCUGCAUUCUAUCAGUGUAAAUAAAUUACAUCUUUUAAUAUUUUUAAAUUGGCAAAGGGCACAGAAUUAACCUUAAGAUAAACAAUUAAUGUAAUGGAUGUAUGAAUGUGUGACUUUACUGAUCCUCAGGGGAAAUGUAUAUAUACUUCCAUAAACUAUACCAUUUAUACCUUUAUUUUUAGUGUGAUACAGUUCAUAAAUAGCAUUUUCAUUUGUGAUCUGCAGAAUACAACACAAAUAAAACUGAAGUUUCUUUCCUUUUCCUGCAAAAUCCUGAUGUCUGCCUAUAAAGCAAAAAAUAAACCAGACGGUCAGCCACCUUUAGAGCAACAAGUACAGGUCAGGUUUUGCAAGGUACAGAGUAGACAAGCAACAACAGGAUUCUGAUCUGUAAUUGUAUUAAGAUGUUGGAAUGAAUGCUUGCUGUCUUUAAAUGCAGACUAAAGAUUAAUAAACUCUACUCGUGCACUGAG